AUGAGUGUUGAUCGAGGUGUCAGAAAACCCGGAAAUGUGGGACCAGAUGGUAUAUCUAAAGCUGACGAAUUUUUGGACUUGAAAACGCUUUUUGUAAGAUCGAUUCCGUUGGAUGCCACCGAUGAAGAGCUCGCUGAUUUCUUCUCGGGUUUGGCUCCGAUCAAGCAUGCCGUCAUAGUGAAGAAUAACGAGAAAGAGUCGCGAGGUUUCGGUUUUGUGAGUUUUGCAGUGAAAGAAGAUACGGAAGAGGCGUUAUCUAAAGCUAGAAAAACCCAAUUCAAAGGUAAACUUUUGAGAGUUGAUAUUGCGAGAAGAAGAGAUCGUACUAAAAAGCGUGCGGAAAACGAUAUAACUAAGAAGAGAGAUGAUGUGGAAGAGGCAGAUAAUUUUGGAGGCCAGGCGAAACUUAUUAUCAGAAACAUGCCUUGGAGUGUGCGUGAUCCAGAAAAGCUGAAAAAAAUUUUCGGAAGGUUCGGAACGGUCAUGGAGGCCAAGAUCCCUCGUAAACCUGAUGGGAAACUAUGUGGGUUUGCAUUUGUGACUAUGAAAAAGGUAAGUGCCUGCAAACUUGCACUCGAAGGAUCCAAGAAUCUUAAAAUCGAUGGUAGACCAGUUGCCGUGGAUUUCGCUGUACAGAAGAGCAGAUGGGAGAAUUACAAGAAGGAUACACCUGUUGACGAAGAUGAAUCGGACACGUCCUCUGGCGAGGCUGAUGUAGAGGAAGAGGCUGGGGACGAAGAAGCGGAAGGUCCUGAAGAUGAAGACGAGAUAGACGGGAAGGACGGUAACUCUGACGUUGAUUUGUUGGAAACUUCACAGGACGAGGAGGAGGAAACAACGACUGCUAACAAAAAGUCUGAUGGGGGUGACUCAAAGCCUAACAGAAAAGAGAACUUUUCCAUUUUUGUGCGGAACGUCCCUUACGAUGCUACUAGUGAAGACUUGGCUCAGCAUUUCGAAAAUUUUGGGUCAGUGAAAUACGCUUUACCGGUUUUGGACAAGGAGACUGGGCUAGCAAAGGGUACUGCGUUUGUUGCUUUCAAAAACGAGCAAAGCUUUCGUGACUGUGUGGACAAUGCGCCAGAAUCUGCCAAUACCUCACUUUUAAUCAGCGAUGACAUUUCGCCUAAAUAUGUUUAUGAGGGUCGUAUUCUAGCCAUUUCUCCCACAUUAGAUCGUCAGUCCGCCGAAAGAAUGUCCGAAAGGAAUGCAACAAAGAGAAAGGAGCUGUUUGGCCAAAGUCCGAGUGAAAAGGAUAGAAGAAAUAUGUUCUUGCUCAACGAGGGAAGAAUAGUGGAGGGGUCUAAGUUCGCACAACUUCUUUCUGCUAAGGAUUUGGAGAUAAGAGAAAAGUCGUACAAGCUAAGAGUUCAACAACUCAAAGAAAACCCCUCACUUCAUCUUUCAUUGACUCGACUCGCGAUAAGAAACGUACCGCGUGCAAUGACUGAUAAGUCUUUGAAAGCGUUAGCAAGGAAAGCUGUCGUCGAAUUUGCCAAGGAAGUAAAAGACGGCAAAAGGCAUCCUUUGAGUAAGGAAGAGAUUAUUCGCUCGACCAAAGAGAAAUACAAGUUUAUGGAUGAAGCCGAAAUAGAGGCACUGAAAAAGAAGGACAAAAAACAUGGUGUUAUUAGGCAAUCAAAAAUAAUCAUGGAAGUUAAGGGUUCUUCUGUUGGAAGAAGUCGAGGUUAUGGUUUCGUCGAAUUUAGGGAUCACAAGGCGGCGUUGAUGGGUCUCAGAUGGCUAAACGCUCAUGAGGUUACACUCGAGGAAGUUCUUGAGGGUCUCGACGAAAAAGAUCAGGAAUUGGUCACCACUGAAGGAUUGAAUAAGAGAAGGCUUUGUGUGGAAUUUGCUAUUGAGAAUGCAAAUGUGGUGAAAAGGAGAAGAGACAAAAUCAAAAAUGCCAGAGAUGGUACGAAACGGAAGAGAGAUGAAGGAGUCACCGUAAAUGACGAGGGAAAUGACACUUCUUCGAAGAAGCAGAAGACCGAAAAAUCGGAUAAAUCGAUUUUAAAUGAUGACAUAAAGAGGAUCAUUGGUUUCAAAAGGAAGAGAAAGAACGCUGGCAAAUGA